GCCGGGGCAAAGUAGCUACGAGCAGCCGCACGCGUCACGCCAGGACUCGUCAGACUCAUUUGAUCACUGCACCGUGCCCGGCUCGACUCGUCAGGCGCAGCAGCACUGCUCCUGUAUCACUGCACCGUGCCCGGCGCGAGCUCUGGCAAAGCAAUGACCGAUUACAAGAAGUGGGACCACCUCGACGUCUCCGACGACGACGACGGCGAGGACGCAGAGGACAUCAAACGGCGCCACGCCGACGCCGUCGACGCGAAGCGCCGCGACGACCUGCGCACGGACGUCGAAAAAGCGAUCUCGCGCCGCGCGCCGAAUGCUGACGCUGCAGUGGUGGCGGCGUUCGUCUCGCAGCAGACGAAGGGCGCGGACGCUUUGGACAAUCGGGCGCGGCACGUCCACGUCAUCGAGGCACUGGCGCACCGGCCCGCUUUGCAGGAGGAGGCGACGACCCGCGCGCUGUGCCGGCUCGCGCGGGAAGCGGCCGACACGGGCGACGUGGCCAAGGGGAAACUCUACCUCGAGGCGCUCAACACGCUGGAGGCGUGCCGCCGCUUUGGCGGGGCGCUUUCACUCUUCGAGCGCAUCUGCGCGCCGGCCGACGAGGCGUCCAAGGAGCUGCGGCGGCUCUACUGCAAGGGCGCCUUCGGCGAGCUGCGGCUGAAGCGCUUCGUGUUCGAGCGCGUCGGCGAGGACCCGCAGAUGGCGGCGGCGCUCGAUAGACACGAGCGCGAGGUGCUGGCUAAAGUGCUGCCGCCGCCGCCGCCGCCGCCGCGACCACCGUCGGGGACGCGCUGGCUGUGGUGGCUCUGCGCGGGCGCUGGUAUUGCCGCCGCGUCCUCGCGCGUCUUUGCGCCGCGCGCGGCCGCGCCGCCUCCUCCGGACCUGCAGGCCGAGGAGGAGGCUGAGCUUCUCCGGCAAAUCGACGAGGACCAGAAACGCGUCGACGAGGCGCGGCGGCGGCUCGAGAGUAUGCGGAAACGCGGGAGGUGACAAGUAAGAAUUAAGCUA